AUACUAGUAAUAUGAUGAAACACCGCAUCAAGCACAGAGCAAACCUGAGGAUGGAGAACCGUACUGUGUUUAGGAAACUGGCGUCUACAACACCAGCGUCAUCGUCAUCUCAACAAGACACGGCGCAACCGUUGAUAACUUCAGGUAAUAUAUACAUUGUUACUAGGUUAACAGUACUCAUCCUUUGUGUGGUAAAACAUGUAUUGUAAAAAAAAAAAAAUCGGUAAAGCUGGAAUGAGGAACCAUGACUGGAUUCAUAGCGAGGGGGAGUCAGCCUGAGGGAAGCCUGGACAGAGCCAAUGAAGUCAAUGUGUUUUUCAACAGAUUCAGUGGACUGACAGGAGCCUCAGUUCAGCCCUCUCUUAGGAAGGAAGGAGAAGCCAGGUGUCCGGAGGGAAUACUCCUGAAGGCCCGCUGGUUAAAAAAUCACGGUGGUGGUUGUGAGGAGAUUACAUUCAGAAGACCUAACGAGGACUAUAUUAAGAGAGCUGAUAUCCAUCAGCUGUACCAAAACAGCAUCGUUAGGGACCUGAACAGCAAAGUCCUUAACAGGAUCCACUGUGACAUAGAAAAUAACUGGAUGAUUGAAAAUAAGAAAAUAGAAAAGGAAAGGGCCAAACAUGAAAAUAUGAAGCAUGAACAAAUGAUACGGCUGAAAAAUGAAGAAGCUCAGAUGAGAGAGCAACAGGAGUUUCUGAACAAAAGACUCCAAGCCCAGUCUGUAGCUCAAGCUCAGCGUAGACAAAUUUCAGAAAAGGAGUGUGAGAAGAGAAGACAGCAGCACCAGGAGCUGAAUGCUGAGCGGGCAAUGCUCAAUGAGAGGAUUGCGCGAGAAGCCCGGGAGCGCAGUCGUCAGGCAGAAGAACUAGCCGAGUCGAAGAAAAGGGAACUGAGAGCUCGCACAGAAGAGAUUUUUGAAAAAAGACUGGACCGUGAGAGAGAGGCCCAAUUAGUGCUGCUAGAGGAGCAGAGAACCGAGCUUGCUCGUCUUGAACUGGAAGAGAAGAGGCGCCAAAGGAAGACUGAGCAGGCCGAGAAGUUCAGACAGCUCCAGAUACCCAAACAAAUAGUUUCAGACAAACUGGCAGCCUUUAAAGAUGAGCAGGCUAUUAACGUGUCUCUGAGAGAAAGGCAGAGACUAGAAAGGGAUGUGGCUUUAAUUGAGGCUGAACGUGAAAAGCAGCCUGCAAUAGACGCAGAGAGGAAAGCUCAAGUACUUGAGUCCAUUGCUGCCCACAGACAAAGUGUGAUGUGGGAGACGGAGACCAAGAAAAGAGAAGAGCGUCAGAGGGCUGUGGAGGAACGGAAGGCUCAAAUUGCGGAGCACCGGCUUUUCUUGGAGCAUCAGAGGUUGAGGGCUCAAGAAAUCAAAGAAAAAAACAUCCAGCUGAUGCGGGACAAUGAAAUGAUGGCGGCUGAAAAACGUGCUCGCCUUGAGCAGCAAAGAAAGGAAGAGCAUGAUGCUGCUGUGAGGAAGGCCGAGGAGGUACAACGGAGGGACGAAAGACUCCAGCAACAUGUUGCUGGGGAACUUCGUAAGGCCACAGAGGUGCUUCACUGUGGCAGGGUCCUCCUGAGGCCCACCCACAAACUCCUGCCCAUGCACCUCCAGCCCCGUCCUCCCACACGCGUCCCUGCAGCGAGCCCCAUCUACGGGACGUAG